AUGGGGCGCUAUCCGAACAGCGGCGGCCCGAUCGCGCGCAGGGUGCCGGAGGGCGACGACAGGCCGCGCCUGGUCUGCGACGCGUGCGGCUUCAUCCGCUACGAAAACCCGAAGAUCGUCGCGGGCUCGGUCGCGACGUGGGAGGGGCGCAUCCUCCUCUGCCGCCGGGCAAUCGAGCCGCAGGCAGGCUUCUGGACCCUGCCGGCGGGCUUCCUGGAGCUGCACGAAGAUCCCGCGCACGGCGCCCGCCGGGAGGCCGAGGAGGAAGCCGGCGCCGAGAUCGUGAUCGACGCGUUGCUCGCGGUCUACACGAUUCCCCGAAUCAGCCUGGUGCAGCUCUUCUACCGGGCGCACCUCGCGCAGCCCGAGAUCGCACCGGGGAUCGAGAGCCUGGAGGUCGGGCUCUUCCGGCCGGAUGAGAUUCCCUGGGACUCGCUCGCGUUCCCGUCGGUGACCUGGGCGCUUCGCCACAAUGCCGAAGCGCCGGACGGCGGCAACUUCGCGCCCUUCACCAAUCCCGUCGGCGACGUCGGCGACUAUCGGCCGGGCAUCCCCGCACGCCGCUGA